GACAGAUAGAUUUGGCAAAUGACGGUCAGUCAAAUCACCAAUGUUUUCAAUUCCAAAUGAAAAAUGAUAGGUUAUAAAUCUUUUCAGUUUUGUUUUGAAUUAAAAUUUAAUUCAUUUCUAGGAUUUAUGGAAUAAUAAUAUUCACCAAAAUUUAAUUAACUUGUACGUAUUGUUAUGUUUUAUUUAUACAAUGGUGAACGAAGAUGAAAAUUCAAUCGAUGCAGCUUCUGAGGGAAAUUGUUCACAAGGUGGAAACUUUCAUCAGUGUACGCUUUUCGAUAUUACGAUUGAUCCUGGCUUAAAAGAUGACGAAGGCAAUGAAUUACCAAGACCAUUUACUAAAAGUCAAAUGCGAAAAUGGUUAAAAAAAGUUAAAUGGGUUAAUCGAAAAGCUGAAAAAAGAGCUAGAGAGAAAAAGAAGUCAAAAGAAAGAAAGAAAGAAGCUCGUGCGGCUAACGUUGAUCUCGGGCCUAGCCGCAAAGCGCUAAAGAAAAUGAAAUUUGAAAGAGACAAGAAAAGCACAGGAAUAAUCAUUGAUUUGAGUUUUGAUCACCUUAUGAUAGAGAAAGAUAGGUUUAAGGUCAUAAAGCAAAUCCUCAGGUGCUAUUCUAUAAACAGGAGGUCUGAGACACCCUUGCAGUUUCACAUAACUAGUUUUGGUGAGAAAUCAAAGAAUGAUAUGGCCAGGCAUAAUGGCUACGAGCAUUGGGAUAUACAAUUCAAUGAGGAGUCAUACAUGGAUGUGUUUCCAAAGGAAAAACUUGUUUACCUGACAAGUGAUUCCGAGAAUGUGAUAGAGGAGUUUGAAGAGGACACUAUGUACAUAAUUGGUGGACUUGUGGAUCAUAAUCAAUAUAAGGGUUUAUGUCAUAAGCUAGCUGUAGAACAAGGCAUCCGACAUGGUCAGCUGCCAUUGGAUAAGUAUAUUAAUAUGAAAACAAGGAAGGUUUUAACUAUUGACCAUGUUUUUGAAAUUGUGCUGAAGGUGUGUGAAGGAGAACCGUGGCAGGAGGCAUUGAUGAGGGUGCUGCCAUUACGGAAAGGUGCUCAUGUGUGCGACAAAACAAGUACAUUGGAUUCAAGUUCUGAAAUUGCUGACAAAAGUGAUAUUGAGUCUAAUUGACAUUAAAUUAUAUAACAUUAAAUACUGUGUAAGAUGAAUAAAAUCAGUGAUCCAGA